AUGAAAUAUGAAUCUGAAAAAGUAAUAAGAGUAAGGAUGGAUAUGGAUGAUCAGAUACCAGACGAUAGUUUUGAUAAUAGGGGAGUUCAUGGCGUAGAACCUGAGAACCAAGUACUAACAUAUAUUCUAGUGGCUGCUUCACUUCCACACCCAAAGAUUGUUAAAAAGCACACCAAGAAGUUCAAGAGACAUCACUCUGACAGAUACGACCGUGUCGCUGAAAACUGGAGAAAGCAAAAGGGUAUUGACUCUUGUGUCAGAAGAAGAUUCAGAGGUACCAUCUCACAACCAAACAUUGGUUACGGUUCCAACAAAAAGACUAGACACAUGAUGCCAUCUGGCCACAAGGCUUUCUUAGUUAAGAACCUCAAGGACUUGGAUGUUUUAUUAUUACACUCCAAGACUUACGCUGCUGAAAUUUCCCACAACGUUUCUGCCAGAAACAGAGUUGAAAUUGUUGCUAAGGCUAAGAAGCUUGGUGUUAAAGUUACUAAUCCAAAGGGUAGAGUUUCUUUAGAAGCUUAA